AUGGCCUCAGCUCCAGAGUGCAUUUUUUCAGAGACAACAAAAGGGCUCAAAGCAAAGUGCAGCGGACUGGGAUUAUCAACAGUUCCUAAUGACCUACCAAAGGAAACGGAUGUUCUUGAUCUGAGCGGGAAUGCUAUCAAAGCUCUCUACAACUCUUCCUUUAAAGGUUUACCCAACCUUGUAGUUCUUGAACUGACCAACAACAAUAUCACAACCAUUGAAGGCGGUGCUCUACUGUGCCUCCUAAAUCUUAAACAGUUAUUGCUGUCUCAUAACAAACUUAGAAAAUUACAGGAUAAUUUGUUCAGGAACAAUAAUGAACUGGAUACCCUAGUCUUGACAAACAACCUGUUCAUCAACAAUGCAAUGUCUGCAAUAAGCCCUUUGAAAAAACUGGUGAUUUUGAACAUGGACAGGAACAGUAUCAAAUGUCUGAAUUUUACAGGAUUUGAAAGUGGGAAGCUAUCUUUACUUAAUCUAAAUCGGAAUAAGAUUGCAGACAUAAACAGUCAAAUUUUUCAUCCAUUGGAAAACAAAUCUAUUGGAAUACUGACACUCAGUCAUAACAAAGUUAAGAUUCUACCUCAGUAUGCAUUUUGUUACUUGAAGAAUGUAAGAAACUUUCUACUCAGUGCAAACGACAUUGACAAAUUUAGUCUCAUGCCAUUUUUAGGAAUGAAAUCUCUAAUCAACCUUACAAUGAAUAAUGAUAACAUAUCAGAUAUUAUUUCUGUCAUUAAUGCUACUGAGAUUCGAUUGAGUAUUCCAAAAUUAAGAAUGAUUUCCUUGGCAAGCAACAGACUCAUCAAAGUCAUUCCUUCAAAAGCCUUUGAUGGCCUUGAAGAACUAGAGCAUCUUCACAUAUUUGGAUGUCAAAUUACACAUCUUCAUAACGAUUCAUUUACUGGCCUGACUUCAUUAAAGCUGCUAAAUCUGGAAGGCAAUAAAAUCACAGAAAUCCAUGGGAGAAUAUUUACAAGUUUUUCCAAUCUCCAGACGCUGCAACUAUCUAACAAUGAACUGUCCUUACAAAGUGCUGUCCAAAUUACAGGAUUAAGAACAUUACAAAGUCUAUUCCUUGAUGGAAACCACAUUCAAUUCUCUACACCUUUGGUUUGGGAUUUACCGAAUCUAUCAAGUCUCCAUUUAUCCAACAAUGGCAUCAUAUUCUUGAGUGCCAACUCAUUCUUGGGAUUGGAAAAUCUCUCACAUCUGACCUUAUCUAAGAAUCAGAUUUCCAUAAUCAGGAACAAUGCUUUUGGAGGACUUCCUCAUUUGCAGAAAUUGGAUUUAUCUGCAGGAGGCAACAUUGGCUCAUUUGCUUCUCCUUUUCAAAAUCUACAACAGUUGAUUGAAAUCGAUAUGUCUGGUACAUCAUUUCACCCUAUCCAGCAAAUAUUUCUUGGCCUUGUUUCACUGAGAAGGCUUUCCCUGAGUCGAUGUUCACUGACCAGAGACUCCUUGUGGGACUCUGUAAAGAAUGCCUCAAUUUUCGCAACAGUGUCUCAGCUGGAAUUCCUUUAUCUCAACUGGAAUUCACUAAAUGCGAUGCAUUCGGGUUCUUUUCAUCCACUGUACAGUCUUACCACAUUAAAGUUGGACCACUGUGCAAUAUCAGUAUUGCAUUCAGAUAUUUUUAGAAACUUGUCUUCCCUUGAAUUUCUUUACAUUGAAUAUAACUACAUCAAGGUUAUAUCACCUCAGCAUCUGUUGGAACUCCAUUCACUGAUGGCACUGUAUGCCCAAAACAAUGACAUUAAGCAAAUAAACAAAGAAGCCUUCUCUGAAAAGAAACACUUUUUAACCCUGAAUAUUGCAAACAAUGGAAUAUCUUGGAUUGAGGAGGGGACUGUACUACCAAGGAGAAACUUGGACAUUUCAAACAACCCUCUUGCAUGUGUUUGCAAACUGAUGUGGUUCAGAAUGGAACUGGACAAAAGAAAUCUUACACUUGGAAAAUCACAUGACACAACCUGCUCACAGACAUCCAUCCCUUCUCUUGUUGGAGAGCCACUCUUGAGUUUCAACCCGAAGCAUUCAUGUGCCCCGAACAUUGCUCUUUACAUCGGCUUAUCCAUUCUUGUUGUUUGUAUCCUAUUUGGGACAGCGACUACCUAUCACAGACGUUGGUGGAUUAGCUACAAAUGUUUCCAUCUAAAACUCUGGAUAUUGGGUUACAAGGAAUUCCAGGAUGGUCGAGAACACUUGGAUUUCACAUACGACGUCAACAUCAUCUUUGAUGAAGAUGACGAGGAGUGGGUGAAAAAUAUCCUCAAACCUGGCAUCCAGGAACACCUGCCACACUUGAACAGAGUACUCCUUGGUGACAGGGACCUCCCCUUGGACAUGUUCUACAUGGAUGCUGUGAUAUAUGUCAUUGAGAACAGCUACAAGACUGUCCUAGUCGUCAGUGAAAAUGCCAUCAGAGACCAUAACUUUGUCACAAAGUUACGGCAAGCUGUUGAUCACAUGAAUGAGGAGGAGACUGAGAAGGCUCUGCUGGUCUUUAAGGACGAUAUCCGACAAGGAAAGUUACCCUAUCUGGUGAGAUUAUUGAUGAGUAAGAACAAACCAUACCUUCUCUGGCAUGAGGAUGAAUAUGCUCAAAGACUCUUCUGGGAGAAGUUCACCAAGAAUAUGCUUGUAAACAAGAAAAUGAAUGACUUACUACCCGUUUAA